CACACUUUCAUUUAAAGGUUGAAUAAGGAAAUGAGGUAUUAUCAGGUAAAAUAAUUGGAAAAUAUAUUUUUUGUCAUCUUUUUAAAAAAAAAAACAAAAAACUUUAAGCAAAGUUUACUUUAAUUCAAUGCAGCAACAAGUGUAAUCUAUAAUUUCUCUAUAAUUACUCUGCUGACUGACUAGAGUCGAUACAGAACAGGUGUUUGGAGUUCACUUUAAAAGGCAUCAUGAGAAACAUAAAACAUUACAAGCUGAGGCUGACAUGCAAAAAGUAGGCUGAGGAGUAAAUAUAUAAAAAUCAUGGGAUUCACAACUUAGAACCAACUUGACGUGAUGUCUAAAAGCUUUCCAGAGUUUAUUCAAAGCCUCUUUUUGCUAUCCGUGUCUCCAGGGUGGUCUCUGUGGUGACGACCCAGAGACAACUCUGACCGCCUUUGUCCACAUCGGUCCCACAUUUGUCCACAAUGCGCUCAAGCAGGCAGGGCUCCACUGCAGCAGUCCAGGUGUAAAUGUGGAGGAAGCCAUCCGUUCAACAUGAGCCUACUUGAAGAGAGCUCUGACGAAGCCUGUGGGGAGAGGAGACCAUACACGGUGGCCAUCGCCUCUUAUGCCCUGGCUUUGGACGGCUUGCCCACCACUCUUCAUGAACUUUUACUCAGAGGUGCAGCUCCAGGUUUCAGCCACUGGCUUGACAGGGAAAACCACUUGUUCAUGCUGGAGGCGACCGGCUAUGCCCUGCUGGCUCUGGUCAAGUGGGGACGAAUGGAGGAAGCUGCUGCACCCUUCAAAUGGCUGAACAGCCAGAGAAGAAGAGAAGGAGGCUUCGGCUCCACUCAGGUACCAGCAUUGAAAUUCUGUCAGCUGAAAGACAGAGGCCCACCAUGGUGGGUGGUGGUCUCUGCGUCAAGCACCUGGUCAGAGUACCUGAUACACAAACCCCCUCCUGAUGACCACAGUCUGGAUGUAGACGUCAGGAUAACAGGACACAAGGAAAUCCGCUACCAUUUUAACCCGAAGACAGCCUAUGCUGCUCGUACCUCCAGGUUGCCCGCUAAUCUUGAUUUGGAAGUAGAGGCUCGAGGAAAUGGACAAGGAAUACUAGAGCACAGGGAAAGACAACCACGGGUUGUGACCUAUUACAAUCAGCUGCAUGAGGUGGAAGAGAAAAUGCCCUGCAAGCACUUUGAUCUCAACGUCACUUUUGAAGGAUCCAGCGCAGGGCUCUAGGACCCGGAGACGUCAGGAUGGUGGUUCUUGAUAUCAGUCUACCAACUGGAUUCACCCCAGAAAACUCUGACCUGGAGAUGCUGUCCAAUUCAGUGCAUCGUUACAUCAGUAACUUCCAGAUUGUAGACAACCUGAGUGACAGAGGCUCCCUGAUCAUUCACCUGUUCAAAGUAACAUCACUGUAUUUAUAAUUAUUAUUCUAUAUCAUAUCAUUUUAUGUUAUUCAUAUGCUUUUCUUUUUUUUCCAAGAAGCAGGUUUCUCAAUGCUCAGUAAAUAAGUCUUUAUGACGACAGUCAACAAUCUGAGGCAGUUUUAGGCUAUUACACAAAACCAGCUUAUUGGUACCAAAGCCACGGUUCAGAACUCAGACUUGCUAAAUCAGUGUUAGUGUAGUGCAGUGUAGGGCUGCAGCCAGAGUACUGACGAUAGUUAGCAAGAGAGAUCAUAUUUCUCCUAUGCUGGUUUCUCUUCAUUGGCUUCCUGUGAAAUGUAGAAUAGAAUUCAAAAUCCUUCUUCUGACAUAUAAAGCUCUUAACAACCAAUCUCCAUCAUAUCUUAAAGACCUACCUGAUAAUGGUACUAUCAUGUCUUUAUCCUAGCAGAACUCUUCGCUCUCAGACUGCAGGCUUACUUGGAGAAGUGACCUGUAACUUCUCUCUAAAAGUAGAAUGGGAGGCAGAGCCUUCAGUUAUCAGCUCCUCUCCUGUGGAACCAGCUCCCAGUUUGGGUUCUGGAGGCGGACACCCUCUCUAUUUUUAAGACCAGG